UCUUGCUGCACUCGGCUCCCUCCUCUCCCGGUCAAACAUUUUGCUAUUUCAAACACAAACAGACUAGCUAUAUUUUUCUGAAUAUUCUCUUCACUGAUGAAGAAUGGCGGGUAGUUUUGGAAAGAUCAUCGUUGGCGUGUAUGUUGAAAUAAAGAGAAGCGAUGGACGAAUACACCAAGCCAUGGUCACGUCGUUGAAUGAAGACAAUGAGAGCGUCACCGUGGAGUGGAUAGAAAAUGGAGACACAAAAGGGAAAGAGAUUGACUUGGAGAGUAUAUUUGCACUAAACCCAGACGUGGCCCCAGAAGAGGAGACUGCCCCCAGCCCAGAGACCCCGCCUCCACCAACGCCGACCUCUGUGAAGGUCAACAAGAUCCCUAAGAACCGACGAACAAUAGCACCCACUAAGAAUGACACUCCUUCCAGGGAUAACAGAGUGGUGUCGACCAGGGCCAGACCAGCUCAGCCCCAGCAGCUAGAGCCUGCUCCCCCUCCCCCCGUCCAGCAGGCAGCCCAGCCCACACAGGCCCAGACAGCCCAACAGUUAGCCAACGCGAGGAGGAAGUCCAACUGUGUGAAGGAAGUGGAGAAACUGCAGGAGAAGAGGGAGAGACGACGGAUACAGCAACAGGAGCUGAGAGAGAAGAAAGCACAGGAGGUGGACACCACCGUCCCGAACUAUGAGAUCCUGUAUAUGAUCAGAGACUUCCGUGCCAGUCUGGACUACCGGCCGCUGUCCACCGCGGACCUGAUUGAAGAGCACAGAAUAUGUGUUUGUGUGAGGAAACGUCCACUCAACAAGAAAGAGCUGACUAUAAGGGACCUGGAUGUGAUCACCAUCCCCAGUAAGGAUGUGGUGAUGGUCCAUGAGCCCAAGCAGAAGGUGGACCUGACACGCUACCUGGAGAACCAGACCUUCCGCUUCGACUACGCCUUCGAUGACAGCACCACUAAUGAAAUGGUUUACAGGUUUACUGCCAGGCCCCUGGUGGAGACUAUCUUUGAGAGGGGCAUGGCCACGUGCUUCGCCUAUGGACAGACUGGUAGUGGCAAAACACAUACUAUGGGUGGAGAUUUUUCUGGAAAGAACCAGGAUUGUUCGAAAGGAAUUUACGCAUUAGCAGCUCGGGAUGUGUUUGUCAUGUUGAAGAAACCCUGCUACAGGAAGUUAGAUCUUCAGGUGUACGCAACUUUCUUUGAAAUCUACAGUGGAAAGGUGUUUGACCUGCUGAACGGUAAGGCUAAGCUCCGGGUGUUGGAAGAUGGGAAGCAGCAGGUGCAGGUGGUGGGGCUGCAUGAGAGAGACGUCAAAUGCACAGAGGACGUUCUCAAACUCAUAGAAGUGGGCAACGGCUGCAGAACGUCAGGUCAGACCUCGGCCAACGCCCACUCGUCCCGUAGCCAUGCAGUGUUCCAGAUCAUUCUAAGAAGGAAGGGGAAGAUGCACGGCAAGUUCUCCCUGAUCGACCUGGCGGGGAAUGAGAGGGGUGCCGACACGUCCAGCGCUGACCGCCAGACACGCCUGGAGGGAGCCGAGAUCAACAAGAGCCUGCUGGCACUAAAGGAGUGCAUCAGGGCGCUGGGGCGGAACAAACCUCACACUCCGUUCAGGGCCAGCAAGCUCACCCAGGUCCUCCGAGACUCCUUCAUAGGGGAGAACUCCCGCACAUGUAUGAUAGCAACUAUCUCUCCUGGUAUGACGUCCUGUGAGAACACCCUCAACACGCUACGCUACGCUAACAGAGUAAAGGAGUUUGGGAUCAGUCCCUCAGACAUCCCCUUCUCCCAGGGCGGUGGAAGUCGCUCGGAGCUCUCGGAGCUCUCGCCCACCUAUGAGUAUGAUGACUUUGCUACCUCUCCCAGCAGAGUGAAGGAGCUGACGGUGGACCCUAAUCAGGUGAUAGAGGGGGUCCGGCCCAACAUCCAUGUGGUGGACCAGCUGGAUGAUGACUGGGACCACCUGGGCAGCUCCCCCCAGAGAGAUGACCUCAAACUGCUCUGUGAGCAGAACCUGGAGGAGGUGUCCCCCCAGCUCUUAACCUUCCAUGAGGCUGUCUCUCAGAUGGUGGAGAUGGAGGAACAGGUGCUGGAGGACCACAGAGCUGUCUUCCAGGAGUCUAUCCGGUGGCUGGAGGAUGAGAAGGUUCUGCUGGAGAUGACUGAGGAGGUGGACUAUGAUGUGGAUUCUUAUGCCACUCAGCUGGAGCAGAUCCUGGAUCAGAAGAUUGACAUCCUCACGGAGCUCAGAGAUAAAGUCAAGUCGUUCCGCUCGUCACUCCAGGAAGAAGAACAAGCCAGUAAGCAGAUCAAUCCUAAGAGGCCGCGUGCCCUGCUGUAGACCAGGCCAGGGAGGGGUGUGUGGAGGGGCAGUGACACAUACAGGAACAUAUACACUAGAUGCACUAUAUAUACAAAGUAUGGACACCCUUUCAAAUUAGUGGAUUUGUGGACUUACUGAAGAGCUCAAUGACUUUCAAUGUGGCACCGUCAUAGGAUGCCAC